AUGUGGAUUGUCAUACUUUUGCUAUUGGGUUAUACUAUGUGCAUAGAAGAGGAGAGUAUAAAGCUGGAUUCUAUUAGAGCCGAUACGGUUGCUGUUAUUUCACUAUUUAUGAUACUAGGCCUUACUUUUUCUGUUUCUUUAUAUGGAAUAAAGAAGUUAUUGGAGAAGAGCCCAAAGCACAUGGUAAGUAGAAAUCAGUUGUCGCAUAACUAUAUUCCUAAAAAACAGCCAUCUGAGUAUGAGGUGAUUUCUUUCUAAUAAUCAGAUAGAAAUAGAAGAUUUAUAUCGGUAUAAUACGAGUCAUUUUUAUCCCAGGCAGUAAGAAUAGAAGGUUAUGGAUUAAUUGCAAAAUAUUAAA